AUGGGAAAGUCUUCUGGCGAUAGCAUCGUGGUCGCCGUCCGCGUACGUCCUUUCAACGACCGCGAGAAGAUCCGAAAAUGUCAACUUGUCAUCGACAUGCCCGACGCCACUACCACCGUCAUUCGGUCAGCACUUUGAAGCGUACCUCAUGAUAUCCAAAGAACAGAUUACGAUAUAAGAGCUUGAAAAAUUAAAAAGUUUUGGUAGAUUUCACCAAAACAAAUAGCCAAAAUUCAGGAAUCUCACAUUAAGAAGGAUGUUUUCUUCAACAUUUUAAUGUGAAAUUAACGAAAACUUCUUUAUUUAUUUUUUUUUCUGCAUGUCAAACGCGUUACGGGUAAAAAAAAAAGUGCGUCGUCAAACUUUGAAUCAAUAUCAUUUUUUUUUUCUUUUUCUCAAUUUAUUGGAGUUUUAUUGUCAUUCGUUCAGAGAUCCAAAAAGCGGAGAUGAAAAGCGAUUUGCCUAUGAUUACUCAUAUUGGUCACACGACGGGUUCAUAGAAAAGUCCAAUGGAUAUUUGGAGCCCCAAAACUCGCAUUAUGCCGAUCAGGUUCGUUAAAUACAUUUAUCGUGAUUUUUUACAUGAAGAAUUCUCGCGAAGAUCGAAACAAGGGCCGUAUAUUCAGAAAAAAGUGUUCGAAGAUCUUGGAAAAGGAGUUCUUUCAAACGCUUGGGCCGGAUACAACUGUUCGCUUUUCGCCUAUGGCCAGACGGGAAGCGGAAAAAGCUACUCGAUAGUUGGAUUCAAAGGGAAUAAAGGUUUCCACAUUCUUCUUACACUGAAAUCAACUUUUGUAAUCAGGAAUCGUGCCGAUUGUUUGUGAGGAGCUGUUCAAGCAGAUCGAAAUAGCCAAAAAGAAGAACUCACAGUUCGAAGUGUUCAUCUCCAUGUUCGAGAUAUACUGCGAAAAGGUAUAACUGCUAAUUUAGCGAUGAACGAGGCUCAAAAGUUGAAAUUGGUCGUGUAGUUCCAAAAUAUUUCUCGUGACUAUUCAGAUUUAGUCAUAGUCAUUCUAAACGUGCUUAAAGUUGUCAAAUGAGCUGAGGAUAAUGAGAAAUUUUCAAAAUAAAAAAAAAGUCGGUUUUAUUGCCAUGAAAUCACUGCUCCUCUCACUUGAAAAUGUCGAGAGGCGCCAUCCCAAAAAAUAAUUCAACAAAAUGGAGAUCACUGAAAACAGAGAUAUCCCUAAACAGAUAGCAGCGUUGAGAAAUUGAAAGGUCGGCUGGCCGCAAAUCAUAAAAUUGAGGUCCGCGAUUUGCUGAGCGACAAGCCGCCGCCGAAAGGAGGACUCAAGGUGCGCGAACACCCAAAAACAGGGUUUUACGGUAGGAAGACACCUGGGUGACGUCGGAACAUCGUGUUGCAGUGGAGAGUCUGAGCAGCGUGCCGGUGAGCUCGUACGCCGAGAUCGAAGCGAAAAUCGACGAAGGAACUAAAAGUCGCACCAUAGCUGCUACCAACAUGAACGCCACGAGUAGCAGGUCCGGGGAAGUCCGAGAUAGAUAAUACCAUCUUGAUAAAGGGCAAAAAAUUCUUAGCAAGUCCAAUGAAAAUAGUGACUUUCAGUUUUGAAACUAGGGAGAGAACCGCAUUUUUCAGAGCACACACGAUAGUGAAGAUAAUAUUCCAUCAGAAAAUUGGCAAAUCGGGCGGUGGGACGACGACCAAGAAGAGCGAGAUCAACCUGGUCGACCUUGCGGGAAGGUGCGGCUUCGGAGGCCGAUCAGGCGCCAACCUUGCGGUGAUUCAGCGAACGGCAGUCGGCGGCUGGGACCGAAGGCGAUCGCCUCAAGGAAGGAAUCGUCAUCAACCAGUCGCUCUCCACGCUCGGCAGAGUCAUCAAGGCUUUGCACGAGGCUCAGGGAGCCAAGAAUGGGAAGAAGCCUCAGGUUGGCCCAGAAGAGUUGUCAAGGACUCUGAACUCUGCCUCAGAUACCGUACCGAGACUCUGUCCUCACUUGUUUGCUGAAGAACGCGCUAGGCGGCAACAGCAAAACGAUCAUGGUGAGUGUAUUAACGAGCACUUCAACUCGUGUUUCAGGUCGCCGCCAUCUCUCCGGCCGACAUCAACUUCGAGGAAACGCUUUCCACGCUCAGGUUGCGUUUAUAGCCUCCGAGAGCUCUUUUUACGUCUUUCACAUCACGUUUCAAUGAGCUUAUCGUUUUUCUUGCCAUUUGGUCUUGAGGUUAAGUUCCCAGGAAAUAUUGAAAGCUCUAUUUGCCUCUACAUCGUAAAAAAAAAUUCUCGCUGGCUUUUUUCAAACCUCGUAGUUUUGAAUUAUUUAAAGUAAAGCUGAAAUUUUCUCUGGAUCUUCGAGAAACUUUUCUAGGCACUUUGCUUCAUAUCAUUGGAGAAGUUUUUUAACAGUCUGGGUUGAGAAAUUUUCAGAUUUGCUGAUCGAGCGAAAUCGAUAAAAACAAACGCUGUCGUCAACGAAAACCAAAACGAAAGAGUUUUACGCGAGCUCAAGGAAGAAAAUGUUCGCCUACAGCAGCAAAUUAGUGGUGGUGGCGGUGGAUCUCAGGUAGAACUAAGAAAAAGUAAAAAAGGAAGACUUUUUGUGCCAAAGGAAGAAAUAGAAAGACUUCGGCGUUUGCUGGCGGAAAAUCAAAAAGAGAUGGAGAACAUGGAGAAGUCAUGGCAGCAGAAGAUUGCCGAGGAAGCCUCCAAGGUUGGGAAAGGACAGUCGUACUCGGAGGAAGGAGUGAGUUGAAGCGGCAAGCCGGGGCGAGCGAGAAGGCCGAGGUCGAGAAAAACAAGCGUCUGAUGCCGCAUCUGUGGAAUCUCAACGAGGACGCCGCUCUCACCAACGUCAUCGUCCAUUUCAUCCCCAAAGGGGACGUCGUUGUCGGUACAAAAUCUACAAUUCAUUUAAAAAAAAACGUAAGAACAAUCGCAAUAUUUGGAGGUUUUUACAAAGCUUUGAGCUGAUGCAGCCGAAGAUUUUGUCUAGUUUUUAUUACGUACAAAAAUGACAUUUGAAAGAGAAAUCACUCAAAAAAAGAGAAGUUUUGGAAUUGUUAAUAUUUCGAUUUUGAAGUUUUGAAGGUUUUCUUCGAUAAUUCGAUGAUUUACUUGGGAUAGAAACAUCUUGGCGACUUUCGAACUCAAUUUUUUUCCCCAUUGAAAGAAUUAUGCUCCAUUUGAAGAGCAAUGAAAUUCAACUAUCAAUUUCUUUCCAUUGACUACGAAUUUUAUUAUGCAAAUAGUUUUAUCACAAAAAAAUAAAUUUAAAAAGUAUUUUUUUUAUAGUUUUGUUCAAAAAAAUUGAAAAAUUGUUCCUUAUUUUUCAAAUAACUUUCAGCAAAGAAGUUCAGGUAACAGGCGAUCAGAAUCGCUGAACCAAGUUCAACUGAACGGACUCUCGAUCCUUCCACACCAUGCUACUUUCCGGAACAACAACAACUCCAAAAUUACCCUCAUCCCAUCGCCGGUUUUUGAAUUGAGAGUGAAAUCAAAAAAUAUAUUGAGUAAAAAUUACAGGGAGCUGAUAUUUUGGUCAACGGCAAACCAACGACUGGUGAGACUAUUGUAGAGCAAAAUGAUCGGUGAGUAUCUUGUUUUCUUUAACAUCAGAAUUUCAUAUACUUUCUCAGAAUUCUUUUCGGAGGCAAUCAUCUUUACGUCUUCAAUAACCCAAGCAAGAGUGGAAUGCGGCAGGACGUCACCUAUGAAGAAGCGCAAAAGGAGAUGGCCAAAUAUGCUACCGUUCAAAUUGGUGGAACUUCGGAGAACAAAAGUUGGAAGACUCUGUAAACUUUCCAUUUGGAACUUCAGGAGAUCUGAUCCUCGAAGAAGAACUUGUUUCGACUAUUCCGCUGGUUCACCGAGCCAACGCCAUGUCUAACGAACUCAAGUAUUGGUUUCUCCUUUUUUUUUUCAUCAGGGCUUUUUCCAGGCGAAACGUGACUUUCGAAGUGAUGCUGGUUUCGCCGGAGAUGCGGGGUCUCAACGACGGUCUCACAGAGGUCGAACAUAGUUCUUCAAUACUUUUAUCUUUUUGAGAAAACUUUUCUGAAAAAAAUCCACAACGCUUAAUCAACCUCAAUGUAAUUUUCUUCGCAAAUAGUUUGAUUUUUCGGUUUCAUGGAAAGUCAAUACGAACCUAAAAUAUCAUUUUUGUAACCUAGCGAAUUAUAUUAAAGAGGUUUUCUUCAGAUAUGGGUGAAAGUUCACAAUGUCCGGGAAGACACCUACUUCUUGUGGGAAAAAUCGCGGUUUCUGAAUCGCUACUACGGUAUGCAAGAAAUGUACGAGGCGAAAAUAGACGGCGAAGAUUGGAACAUGUCCAAAGUUUUCUUUUUCAGUUGGAGCUCUCAUUUAAAUGGUAUACUUCCAGGAGCGCGACCCUUUCUACGAACCGCCGGAAUCGCCCGUUUUCCUGGCUUCUUGUGUCGUUUUCCUCCAGUCUCUCGCCUACCUUGUUGAUUGUGAUGAACAGUUUCCAAUUGUGGAUUUCAGCGGUUGGUACUGAAGAAGUGUGGUUUAAAGAUUCUGGAAAUUCUGUUUCAAAAAAGAAAAAAUCAACUUUUUCCCUUUCCAUUCAGCAUUAAUUCUAUUUUACUCUUGAGAAGUUUCAACUCUUUCUAAAAAGUUUGUAUGGAGUUUGAAAUCAGCCGUAGAUUAAUGUGCAAUCAAUCAACUCAGCCAACUUUCUUUCAGGAAAUGAGAUUGGACAGCUUUCGGUAGGCCUUUCCCCAUGUUCCACAACUGGCAAAGAUCUUCGUGGCGAGUAUGUCGAGAACCCAUCACAAAUAGUUGACGCGAAAAAUAUUCACAUGAUCGCAAAUAAUAUAUUCAGGUGGGCAGGAAUAUUGCCUUCAAAGUGAAAGUCGGCAAAGCGAUCGGACUCCAACGCCGAAUAUUCAAGGUUUUUGAUGAUAUUCGAUGAAAUUGGAAAACUUUAUAAGUUGCAGUCCUAUUGUAAAUAUCGCUUUUUCGGAGCGAAAGAAGUGACGACGGACCCAGUAACUGGGAACUCGCCAGAUUUCCGUCAUGAGCAUGUUUUUCCUUUCAAGCCGGUCACAAAAGAGGCUCGUUUCCCGAUCAUUUUUUCGACCGCAAGCGAAAUGAGGCAGCCUGAAAAGAAAAAAGCGUAAUUGCACACAGCUGGCGGCUCUCUUUUUACUCCGAAGUUCAUUUUUGCGAAACCUCGCGGUUUUUGCAGCUGAUGGAGUACUUGCGCAACUCGAAUCUGUAUAUCACCCUGUGGGGCACGCAAAAAUCGAGAGACAGCCGCGGACGGAUGAGCAGCGCCGACGCCGCAUCUUUUCCUCCCAAAAAAGUCCGCUCCGUUUUUAAGUAAAAAUUCAUUACUCUUUCUAGAGCAAAGAAAUUGUGAGGCAGCUGGAGAGAAGAGAAAGCCGCAGCAUCUCCUUGAAAUCGUUACAAGGGGCUCUACCGAUAGAUGUUAAAAAUAAGUUUGAAGCUUUUUUCAAAUUUGAAUUCUUAAUUUUUAAUUUAAGGAGAUCUACAAAGAAGAAAAAGUCGAAAUCACGCACGACAGACAAUAGAAAACCCAUUUAAAUGUAUUAUACACUGUAUGAAAUUUUAAUUGCUCGUUCGUACAUCUAAUACCAAGUUUAUUAAUUCUUCACAAGCGCAGGCUAAACUUUGGAAAAGCUAUUGUGAAGGAUUUUAUGCGUUGAAAAUUUUUUAUUUCUCCUUAAAUUUCAUAAAUUUUGAGAUACUGUAGAUCUUUUGCAAGCUUGUGCUUACAGAACAAACGCAUACACCACGCGCAAGUUCGAUGUUCAAAUGUUGGAAAACUUUUUUUCUUUUUUUUUAUCUUUCUGUGAACAGUCUGUGAAGUUUGAAUCAUUUUUAUAAUUUUGGGCUGGAAAUCGUUUUUUUCACGCUUACCGAACUUUAAUUAAUUUUCCUAAUAUUUUAUGAAUGACCUUAUUGCAGGUGAUUAUCCUCAGAGUGGGUUUAAUGACGUUUUUCCAUUUUAUCAACUGCGUUGCUCUUGCUUUCGCUCCAUACUUCAUAGUUUACAAAUAUUCAGGUCUCUCUAACUUUGAAAAAAGUUUUAAUGUCAAUGGCCAUUCAGGAAUCAAUGAAUAUAGCAGCGUAUGGAAGUGUGCUCAGGCAGGAGGUGGCUACCUCAUGACACAGUUGGCUAAGCUUUUACUCCUGGCCACGUUUUUCCCAGCAGCCGAAACUGAUGGCUUCGCAGUACUCCCGGUUCUAAUGAUUUCAAUUUAUUCAUUCCAUGUUUUUUUCAGGAGUUCCUAAAAAGUUGUUCAGACGUGCUUGAUGUCAUCGGAAUGCACAUUGUAAUGUCAUAUUUGCUUGCUGGAAAAGGAGAAGUGAGCACCAAAUUUUGAUUUUUUAGAGUUUAUUAUGAUUUUCGCAGGUGAGAUUCAUCAGUGGCGGAAUCGGCUGGGGAGCUGCUCAUUCUAUUGCUCACAGAGUUUUGAUGCUCUGGGUUGGGGCAAGGUAAGGUUUUUUUUGGCAUAAAAUAUGAAUCCAUAUUUUUUUCACACUUCUCUUCUCAGAGGCUCGGCCUUUUCGUGGGUUUGGAUCCAAACGGCUCUCGAUUCUUCGUCCGACCUGCUGUUGAUCUUGUCGAUGGCAGCUUUGACCUGGAUGGUGACUCGCUCGCAGAAUCGCAUCAUUGUGGCUCCUUUUCUUGUCCUAUGCGUUUUCCAUUCGUUCUUUUAUCAGUGAGUUCUUUAUUUAUCUCUAAAAAUCUUAAGUACUGUCUUUCCUUUUGUCAUUUAAUUCUCUUACAGGUGCCUCUACAACUACUUUCAUGUUUCCGGAUGGCUUUUGGUGUUCUCUCGUUUUGCGUUCUCGGCGUUUGUCGCAGGCGGAACCAUUUUCUCAUACGCACUCUAUGGUCGAGGGAACACGAAGAAAAUCGAAUAA